AUGGAUCAAAUGCCUGGAGAACUACACACGGCUUCAGUGUUUCGCCUGCGUCGCUUGAUGAAGUGCUUGGGAAUGCUGCCGGUGGAGGAAAGACUGUUUGGAAAAGUGUUUUGCAAUGUGGGCCUUGUGAUUGCGGUGGGCGCUUCGAGCUACUGGCGCUUCUGCUUUGAUUAUGACUUUGACUACGAUUUUCUGAACGAUCACUUUUCCAGUACCAUCGAUCUGAUUAACUUUACGGCACUGGCUGCUAGUCACCUGAUCAUUGUGAUGGAGCUGCUUUGGGGAUAUUGCUGCAAGGAUGUCGACAGACAGCUGCAGACGAUCUACUUUGAGAUCAGUGUGCAUCUGGGCACACCGGAUAAGGGUAAUAUGGAUCGGGUUCGUGCCUACUGCAAUACCAUUUACGGAUCUCUAAUCAUACGUUGGCUAUGUUUUAUCGUGAUGACUGCGGUCGUCAAUCGCGCUCUUACCUGCUAUGCCCUUUAUUCGGAACUAGUUUUGCUGGCUCGAUUCUCAGAGUUUACUCUGUACUGUGCCGUGAUUUUGUUCCUCUACCAGGAACUGGUCCUCGGAGCUUCAAAUGUUCUGGAAGAGUUGCACCGAACGCGAUUUGAGCUGUGGUCCAUCCGCCGUUUGUCGCUGGAAAAGUUAGCCAAGUUGCAAAGGAUCCAUGGCCUGUUGUGGCAAUCCAUCCGGUGUCUGGAGCGAUACUUCCGGCUGAGCCUGAUCACCCUGCUCAUGAAGUUCUUUUUGGACACUUCGGCACUGCCCUACUGGCUAUACCUCAGCAAAGUGCAGCACACAAAAGUGUCCAUCCAAUAUUAUGUCGCCAUUGACGAGUGCAUCAAAAUCUUGGAAAUUGUAGUGCCCUGCUGGAUUUGCGCACGCUGCGAUGCAAUGCAGCGAAAGUUGAGCUCCAUGUUCUACACAAUCACCACAGAUCGACGCAAUGGUCAACUGAAUAUGGCUCUUAGAAGACUUUGCCUGCAAUUGAGUCAGGAGAGAUUUCAAUUUAGUGCAGGCGGAUUGGUGGAAAUCACCACAGAAAUGCUGGGCAAGUUCAUAUUCGGAAUGAUAAGCUACAUUGUGAUCUGCAUUCAAUUUAGCAUCAGCCUCAGGGCCAGCAACCUCAACAAACUCGCACAAACAACCUUACCCAGUGCCCCCAUUUAAGUGGCCUUCUGAAUCGAUAUUUGUUGGGCAGUCUAGUCGCGUGCUUAUUAAAUUAAAGUCAAUUAACCUAAUUAGCAAAUUUGAUGUCUGCCCGUGCAUAAUCAAAAAAGGACAACGGGCAAUCAAAGCAGCAGCAAGCAACAGCAGCUGGCAGAAUGUCUUCUUCACAUAAUUAUUCAUGCUUAAAAAUUCUAUUAAAAACUUUUGCCAGCGGCCACUGACCGUUCAUGUAGGACCA